ACCGUCGACGCACGACCUGCGGCUCGGGUAGAAGUCGUCGAGCAGCGAUGGGCCCGCGUCUCGUCAAGCGGACUGCGCCAAGGACGGCGCCCCUGGGUGCUGCUGCUGCCGCUGCCGUCGCGUGCAGCAGCCCCGUGUUGUCGUGACGCGUCCGAGGUGGCGAAACGGCGACCCCUUUCGGCGCUUCACAGUCGCGCCGACGCUGGAUGUGAACGAGACUCCUUCGUCCGUGCGCAGAACCUUGCGGAUCGGGGAACGUUGCCUCCAGUUGUCCAAUCUGAGGGAAUUCGGCAGGAUCCGUCAGCCAUCGAGUGAUACAGUGCUGUGGACUUGAUUACGACGUCGGAUAGACGCGGCGAGGAAGAACGUCUUCGACGCCCAGCGCAAGUGUGUCGUUCAGCGACGGCGUCUGUUAGCGUUAGGGACUGUCUCGAUUGGGGCGAACCCUUUAGUGACCUCCCCCCCAGGCGCCUCAGCCGUGAACGCUCGACGAGUCGGUUCGUCGCGGCGAAGAUAAGGCUCUCGCGAGCACGCCGUGCCAGCUGCCAACCUCGAAUCCGUGGCUCGAUCGUCCUAAAACUGUGACCUCGGCGCAGUCCUCCCCCGUGUCGCGACGUUGUCGUCAACACUGACGCAGGGCUUCUUACAGCGGGAAGUUCACUCUGCCGAGCCCGUUUCGGUUCCUGCCUUUCGCUCUUCACGCUGUGGCAGCAGCGACGUGGAGAGAAACCAAGUUCGCUUCCGCGCCGAGCGCGCCAACUCGUCGUACGACAGACAGCCUGGCAGACUCCCGCUCGGGACAAGCGGACGUUGCAAAUCUCCGGAGCCUUCGGUGGGCCGUUGCCGCUUCCACCUGCAGUUGGUGAUGACGGCGUCGCUGAUUUGCACGUGUCGAGGGCAGUUGCAAGAUGUUCGUUCGUGCGAUGACUGAUGUUUCGGCGUGGCGUCUAAACAAGGCCCUGUCUGCAAGUGGCUGAACCUAUUGUGAAAGCUCUUCGAUUGCAAAGUCAUUUGCCAGGGACUGCUCGCGCGCUUUCUCCCGAGCUCUAAUAGCGACCGUGUGAUUAUACCGUGCACAGACGCCUCGAAGGUGUGAACUGCGCGAAGCUUCACUCGUGGAUACUGCGAUAUCCGAGGACGUGCAACGGUAUCGUCGCAGCCGGAUCGAGUCAUCGGAGCGACGCUCCGAAGCUGAAGCGACGUCCAGUGGGAAUAGCGCUACGAUACGCGGAGCCUGGGCAACGUCUGCGCUUCCGGCGUUUGUGGAUAACAGCACGACCUGCGGGCUUAAAAUCGUGGUGGAUCGCACGUUGUCGCUCUGUUUAGGCGGCGUGUUCCCGGAACCCUAAUAUCCUUCGCGAGUUGCGCACCGCAUUCUCGGCCGGCGGGCGAAGAUGAAGUUCCCGUCCCUGACCGAGUGGCUGCCCUCGAGCAAACCGCGCUCGCCGUCGUCCAAAGGCGGCGUGCGACGCCAGCCCGUGAGCAUGCCCAUGCUGACGCUGGCGUUCGCCAGGCGAUCCUUCCGCGUCUCCAAGAGGAUCAAGAAGGUCGCCGCCACCGCCGGCUCAGGGGCUUCGGCGGCCGUCGUGUCUCAGCGGUUCGUCUUCAAGAAGAGAGCACUCUCGCCCGAUUCAUUUGUCAACAGCCAGGAAUGGACGCUGAGCCGAUCUGUGCCCGACAUACGCCUGGGCAUCGUUGGCAGCCUGACGAGCGGAAAGUCUGCCCUGGUACACCGCUACCUCACCGGUUCCUACAUGCAGGACGAGUCCCCGGAAGGUGGUCGCUUCAAGAAGGAGAUCGUGGUGGACGGCCACAGCUACCUGCUGCUCAUCCGGGACGAAGGUGGACCUCCGGAAUUGCAGUUCAGCUGCUGGGUGGACGCUGUGAUCUUCGUGUUCAGCCUGGAGAAUGAGGCCUCGUUCAGCGCCGUCUACAGCUACUACAUGCGGAUGGCGCACUUCCGGAACAACGCCGCCGACCUGCCCCUCAUACUCGUCGGCACGCAGGAUGCCAUCAGCGAGAGCAACCCGCGCGUCAUAGACGACUCGCGUGCCCGGAAGUUGGCCAGCGACCUCAAGCGGUGCACCUACUACGAGACGUGUGCCACGUACGGGUUCAACGUCGAGAGGGUGUUCCAGGACGCAUGCCAGAGGAUUGUACAGAUGCGCAUGGCCUCUGCAUUGACGCCCAACAACUCCCGGCCGAGCACACCCGUUGGUGUCGGUGCAGGGAGAGCCACUGCCCACUUUGGUAUUGCCAGCAAUGGUUAUGCCCGGGAGCAGCAGCCACAAAGUGCAGUUCCCACCUCCAAUGCCACGGCAACACUAGUAAACAGCUACAACGCCCUCCAUGGCGGUGCUGUCAACACGCCAACUACGAACCUCAACCAGACCUCGCUUAAGGAGAGCCACCUGCGCCAGAUUCGUGACUGCAUCACUGCGGGUACCUCGGUACAGAGAGAGAUACAGAAGUUCGAGAAGAGCGGCACUCCAACCACGGCCCCGUCGCAGGCUUCGGAAGCCAUGCCGCCCCCGUCGGCUGCCAGUGGUAACAACCGGGACCGACCGGAGUUUGUGACGCCUUGCUCUACGCCAACGACAGCACGCAAAACUCGCCGAAGGUCCAACUUGUUCACGCCCUUGAAGAAAGCAGAUGAAGAGAAGAGGCUUCGGAAUGGGGAGAUGGGAAGCGGCCGAGUGAUACCUGUGCGGCAGGGGUACCUGUACAAGAAGAGUCUCAAGGCCCUGAACAAGGAGUGGAAGAAGAAAUACGUCACCCUGACGAGCGACGGGAGGCUCACUUACCACCCUAGUCUCCAUGACUACAUGGACGAUGUGCAUGGGAAGGAGAUUCCCCUGAUGCACACUACAGUCAAGAUUCCAGGCCAGAAGCCCAGGGGUUCAAGGGCAGCUGGAUCCACACCUCAGGUCAACGACUUGGCAUCGGACGUGGGCACCCUGUCCCUAGCUGGAGGCAUACCUUACUUCAAGUAUAAGGAGCCCCGCGAGCGAGACUGCCUGGCCAGCUUUGACCCAGCUGCUGAUGCUCAGCACAGCAAUGCUUUCUUCUCAGGGAUGCUCAACGGUAGUGAGACGCAGCUCAUCCCCGCUGUGCCCAACACCAACCCAAUGCUGUCAAAGCUGGAGACACCCAAUGUAAAGAAGAGGCAUAGACGCAUGAAAAGCACCGGAGCCAAGAAUUUUGAGGCCAUGGAAGACUCUGAUGGGUACGAGUUCAUCAUUGUGUCUCUCGACAACAAGCAGUGGCAGUUCGAGGCAUCUAAUGGCGAUGAUCGAGAAGGUUGGGUCAGUGCCAUCGAGCAGCAGAUUCUCAGCAGUCUUCAGGGAAAUGAAAGCAGUAAAGCAAAGAGCCGCAUGAACAGCAUAGUGGACUCUGCAACGUCUAUCCAGGCCAUUCGGACAACUGUCCCUGGCAAUUCUCAUUGUGCCGACUGUGAUACACCGCAGCCAGACUGGGCCAGCCUCAACCUCGGUACUCUCAUCUGCAUUGAGUGCUCAGGCAUCCAUCGCAACCUCGGCUCCCAUAUCUCCAGGGUGCGGUCCCUGGACUUGGACGACUGGCCGCCGGAGCACGUGGCCGUGAUGAUGGCCCUGGGCAACAUGGCGUCCAACAGCAUCUGGGAAGGCAACGCCGCUCGCAGUGGCUAUGCCAAGCCCGGGCCCCACUCGAGUCGCGACGAGAAAGAGCGUUGGAUUCGGGCCAAGUACGAGCAGCGAGAGUUCCUGGCACCCCUGCCUUCUUCGAGCGGGCCCACCGCUCAACAGCUUCGCGAUGCCGUGUGCCGUGGCGACGUCCGACAGGUGGCGCUGCUGUUGGCGCACGCAGCACCCCACCAGCACGAACUGGUCAACGCACCGACGAGCGCCCGAGACUCGCGGACCCCGCUUCACAUGGCCGCUGCAUUGGGAAAGCUGGCCAUGGUGCAGCUUCUGCUAUGGAACAAUGCCAAUGCCAAAGCUGUGGACUCGGAAGGCCGGACCCCACUGGUGUACGCAAAGAACUCUAACUUUACGGAAAUCUACGAGCUCCUUCUACACAGCGGAGGACCCGACCCGAACCAGCUGUCGACCACGCUGUCUCGGCGGAGGGGUAGCCUGUCCAAGCGGUCGGAUGUCUUCGACAAGCUCCCGGCCAGCAUCAUCUAGAAGCCCAAAGACAGUUCCUGGUUCACCACCCAUCAUCUCGUGCCACCACUGCGCGCUGCUUUCAUUGUUGCAUCACCCACUCCCCUCGAUCAUAUUUUACAUCCUCCACUGUUUUGUGUUGUUACUCCCUGGUUUUUAUUUGCUGAUGAAUUGCGAAAUGACUUAAUAUAUUACACCUGCCUGUCUGUCUACCUACUGCCCUUCUGUGCUGUUGUGUAGACAUUUGUCCUGUGUUUGUUUCAUCACAUCUCGACGUUUUUUUUAAUGUCCUGACAAAGUAUGAGUUGUCUUCUUUUGUUAGUCUAUUCGCAGCUGCGAAUGGGCUCUGGACAACACUUCCUACAAAGCAAGCAAGAUCUUAUUCAGUGUUGUUAAUUGAGGAAAAAAAAAAAAAAAACAUACCCUUUUCUGUCUGUUAGAAAGUUGGGCAUAAAUGAUAUGUAAUUAGACCUGUUUAUGACGACGCGUUUCUGGAAAUUUAAAGGAGAGACUACUCGAUGCUUCUUUUGAUUCCUGUUACAUAUUGAAGUUUAUGGGACAAAAAUACAUGCAGUUCUUAACUCUGCAUAACUUCAUGUUUUUUCAUAGUGUUCAGGCUCUCGUAGUUUUCCUCACAUGCCAUCUUUGCUACGAAUACAAACAGUUCCUGCCCAAAUAGCUAGUCCUGACUUUAAAUUAAAUGUGUGUAGUUACUACUACUAGCAAUUUAGCGCCGCAGAAGCUCAAUCAUUAAACAGUGCGUUGGAUAUCUUGAAGACUGCUUGCAUUCUCACGGGUGUACACGCAUAGAAAGGCUAUUCUGCAGUGGCAAUUUGCUGCCUGUCAAGACUUCUCACUGCCCACUGCAGGCAUGUGGGUGCACUUGUGGGAAUGCAAACUGACCACGUGCUCCAAAAGUGGGGCCGAGCCGUAACGAUGCCUCUCUCAGCCAAGCAGUGCGGCCAGGAAGGUGUGUGCAGCGCCAAAGCCCCAUGUGUGCGUGCAUGAACGCGUGCUAGAAUUUGUUAGGAUCUCGCCGAAGCUGUGCUUCAGUGGCUGUUUAGGCAUGCGAAUGAAUGAAAGCGUUUGUACUGCAGUGCUGAAGUUCUAGCUAGGAAAUUGUUGCUCGCCGGAACCGGCACACCAUUCUCUUUCUUUCUAUGGCACUUCGUGUGUCCGUCACUUGACCACCGCAUGCACUACUCGCCGGCGGUGUCUCGAGUCUCGAGUGUGAAGAAAACACUGCUCACCGUCCAUGCACUCAGUUUUUCAUUUCGUUCUUUGUGGCAACCCUCUGUGGUUAAUUAGUAGGACUGACACAGAGCACAGGGCAAUGCAAGAAGAAUGCCAUACUGUGCAGUGCGACAGAUAAGUAAAAAAAAGGGCUGGGCUACACAGGACAGCACCAGUGUAGUUACACACCAAUCGACUGGCGGCUGUCCCACCAAGAGCAUUUCUCCUGCCUUGUGUUGUCCUCCUCUCUUUGACAGUUGUCUGUCUUGCUGACAUGUACUCGUCUCUAGCAGCCUUAUGCUUUUCACAUGUGUUUGUCCCACUGAUUAACCACAACCUGUGGGAUCUGACCCUCCCAACUUUCGUUUCUACUGUAUUGUGGCAUGCACCCUUUGAUCUUUGACUGGCUCACUCUUUUGUUGUCUGCAGUCUAUCCUACAUGGACUGCGCUUGCUUAGUUUAUAAAGGUCUAUUGCAGACCUGGUUUAUUAUGGCAUAUAGGUUUACUUGAAAAAUAUUUUUUAUGCAUUGCGACUACUUGCUUCAUUGUAAUGUCUUAUUUUAGGAAACAACUUUGUCAAAAUUACAUCUACAACAGAUUUCAAAUCUCUUCAGCACGCAAUCUUUGUGGGUGGCAGCGGUCUUUUUGAGCGUCAUCACGAAAACAGUUUAUUCUUUGAUCAAUUCUUUCGCAAGAGGCGCAGAAACAUUACUUUGUGGCUGUUUAAAACCAAGCAAUAGCACUGAAAUAUAAAUUUUGAAGAACAUUUUUCUUCAUUUACACAAAAUGCACACACAGUCCCUGUGUGUCUCUUUGAUGCUUUGAUUUUGUAUCACUGCAUGCCAUGUGCUGUGGUUACGUACUGUAGUGGCCUCGGUGUACAUAUGUUUCUAUAAUUUAUGUAUGUUGAUUAAUAGAGGCACUUGUUCAUAGCUUGGAGGCCUGCCAAUGGUGUGUCCUCUGAUUGCACCAAUUCUCCUCUGUGCAUGUGUUUGUUGUUGCUAUAUUCUGGCAGGUUGUGGAAAUGUACAUACUGCAGAUAUCUAAGUUAAUUUUUCACAGAUGCAAUCAUGUUCCCUACUGUGAACAUGAGAUUUCUCUUGUUUUCCGUUUUUUUUUUGCUUCUUAAGCCAGGGCAGUCAAGAAUUGCUUUGUACAGCAAACACAGAGAAUCUUAUGGAAGAUCACUGUUUAUGUCUGUACGUAGGUUAAUUUCUACUAUGCCAGCGUUUCUAUUUAAUGCUGAGUCAUGCAGCUGGGUUAUUCUGUCAACAUUCCGUUUGCAAGUGUGUUACUAUAAAAACAUUUAAGCAGCUUCACUUGACUGACAAAAUGUGUCCGAGUUUAUAAUUUUUUUUUUGUUUUACGAAUUGUCUAGUUAGUCACAAUUAGCCAAGUUAUGUGGAAGUAACGCACAAAGUCAACUGGAUUUUAUAUUGGUAUUGAUUCAGUGACGUAACUUCCGGCUGCAUUUUGUGUGUGGUUCCUACCUAGUGUUGCUUACAUUGUGAAAGUUGCUGACGCCAUACUCUGUUGUGGCAGGACUAAUAUAUAUAUGUAUAUAUAUGUACAUAUAUAUAUGUAUAUGUGUAUAUAUAUAUAUAUAUAUAUAUAUAUAUAUAUAUAUAUAUAGGCCCAGCAACAUUGUAGACAAGUGAUUGUGUGUUUAGAUUCCCACAAUGUGCUGUUGGCAUUGGGCUGUUCUCUUUGAUUACAAGGCAUGGCCGCUGUCGUGGCUGGAAGCAGUAUAUGUAUGUAGCAUUUUGUAAAUUUGUAAAGAAAUAGUAAACAGGUUGUUUGUAAUGUCAGUUUUCUUUUCAGGCAGAAAACAAGAAUAAAGUUAUACAAUGUGUACAAACCA